UUUUGAAGGGCAACAGUUUGACCAAACUUCAGAAAACUUCUCUGGAAGGCUUGCUUUCACUUACGCAUCUGAACAGAAACAAGAGUGAAUCGAUUCUCAUCACAACCUGAAUUGCAGCCACUUCCCUUUAGUUCCUUUGUAACUGCUAACAUCCGCCCUCCUGACAGUCAGGCAUGCCUCGCUCUAUUUGAAAUCAGUGGGUCUAACUGUACUCCACAUGAUAUCCGAGAGGGUGGCCAGCUUUCUUAGUGGCCCUUGCUCCUAUGCCUUUAACAGUGCUUGCUCUGCUGACCUUGCAGGCAAUGAUAUUUGUCUCCAUGCCAUUAAAUGCUUCACCUGCUAAUUUCUGCAGACCAAGCUGCUAUUAAGAGUAUGAGAGGAGGCCAAGUCGAUUUUUCCCCCCUGGUCAGUUGGCAGUGAGGAUUUCAACACUACUGAGGUGUGCAAAUCGUUUUAUUUGGAUGGAGGCUACAGAGCAGAAUUGAAACAAACUCGGGGAGAAUUACAUUCUCAUGCCAGGCUCCCAAGUUUCUAGCAAUGCCUUGUUUGCUGAGCCGCAAAGCCAAACUGGACACCCAUACAUGCAGUUCUGAGCAGGAGCAUGGAAGAUCUGUUCAUUUGGGGUGGGGGGUGUAGAUUGUUGUCCUCUAUUAAAGCUGACCAGUCCAGGCCAGUGGCAGUGGAUGAGAAAAGACAAAACAGAUAAGCUGAGUGAGAAAGGUGUGGUUGGACACACCUUUGAAGUCUUCCUAGUUUAAUCAUUGUUAUGUGCUCUUUUAAACAGGGACCUGUCAUGUAAUAAAAUCCAGACCAUUGAGACGAAUGCAUUUGAAGCUGUCCCGUUUGUGCAGUAUAUAGACCUCAGCGGCAAUCUUAUUGAGAAGCUCACUCCUGGGGCAUUCAAGGCCUGGCAUGGAAUGCAGUUUUUGCUCAAGAUGGUUCUCAACCAUAAUCCGCUGAAAGUCAUUGAUGAUACCUGUUUUUACAGGCUUCCCUCACUGAAGCUUCUAGACCUUAGUUCCACUGAAAUGACCCCAAAGAUAUUGGAGGAUCUGCUCCAGUCAUCCCUGCAAUUGAAGACUCUCAUCUUGCCUAACAAGAUGUCCUGCUGUCUUUGCCGUAUGAAGGAUGACACUGAAGUUUUUUCUGAUAUGAUUAAGUUGGACUGCACCGACACAUGUACCACGAAUGAAACUCUCUGCGAAAAAGAUGAGGCUUUGAAUAGGAUGCAAAAAGAAGUAAUGAAGGUGUUGGAAAUCAGGAAGCUGAAUGCCAGCAGUACACUGGACAUUGUGCCUGAAAAACGUUUACAAAGCAACAUAACAAUGACAGUCACUGUGAGCCAGAGAAACACCAGUUUAGGUGAACUCACCCCACAUCUUUUGAAAUCGGUCCAGGAAUUAGGUAAGCUGAAACCUGAAGAGUUCUUGCAAAUCAAGUGGAAUGACAAGACUGAACUGAAAAAGCUAUACAUGCUGGCCAAUUUGCUCCAGAUGGCACUCAGAGAAAAAGUUAUGGAAGAUAAAAGGGGCAGGCAAGGGGGACCUCGCCAAGUAGCACGCCGGUCUGCUUGGAAGCGGUCUGUUAUGCAUUCCACAACUAGCUUCCCCUUGUUGACAGCUUCCAUCAUGGUGGAUAAUGACGCUGCUGACUUGACUGGCCGAGUACUUAUCAUUCUGAAACAUGCCAAUGAGUCAAGCCAGCAAGACCACUCUCUGCAUGAGGAAGAAACAGCAGCUCCCAGUACCACUACCACCACAACUACUACCACCACUACCACCACCACUACUACCACCACUACUACCACUAGCACCACUAGUCAGAGUUUGCUACUGAAGGGUACAUCCGGCUCGUCCCGAAAUGAACCUAGUGAAGGAAACUCAGAGCAGACAUCAGCAAAUGCACCAUUAAUAGCUAAGGAGGCGCUGCUCAACCAGCUCAUGCAUGGAACUCAGGAAGGUGGCGCGCCCCAAAUCCCAGGAGAUAACACAGAGGCACCCCAAAUCCCAGGAGAUGACACAGAGGCGUCCUUAAACGAAAUCUCCCCUGACAUAACAUUGUCCCAUGAGACACACUGGGAGCAUCAUAAAGUGAAGACCACUGCUCGCCACAAGCUGAACAUCUUGCCCACUGAUGAUGACUACUUGCUUCAAGGGGACCUUUUUGAAGCUGAGCUGAACAAGCGGCUAUCGACACUUAUCCCAAACACACCAGUGAGGAACCUCAUAUCCCACACACUCCGUAUCCUCAAAAUGGACUGCACAGAGUCAAGGGUCCAGCUGGCCUGUGCUAAACUAAUCUCCAGAACAGGUCUCCUCAUGAAACUAUUCAGUGAGAGAGAAAAUGUCAUGGAUACCUCCACCUUGUGGAAGUCAUACUUCUUGUCUAUGAAGAAUGUCUCCAACUUGACCACAGGAAGUCCAAGAAAACUGGAGAAACCUGAGAUUGCAAGCCAAGGAAUCCCAGAGUAUGGCUAUGGCAACAAGCUGGUGUUGGCUAUUUCAGUGACUGCAGUGAUAACGAUUAUCCUUGCACUAAUUUGCCUGAUUGAGAUACGCUCUCAGCGUUCUGCAGCUAAGGAUAGCACGCCUCAAGAAAAACGGACCUUUCUGGGCAGAAAAAAGAAAGGAGCAGAACAGCCUUCCAGUGCAGGUUCUUCAGUGCUCGAUAAGCCUCUUUGGCUCAAGGAUAUGUACCAGCCUCUGGAUGAAGUACGGAAAAAGAGCAUAGUGGAUAAAAUGCAUGAUGAAGAAUCCUCUGAAGACGAGGAUAUAUUCAGCUGGGCAAGAGUUCCCGGAGCACCACCAAGCCCACCAGGUACCCCAAGCCCAUCACCAGUAGAACAACCGCCUUCAAGAAAGCCCAGCUCAAGAAAAAUGUCACAAAUGACUGAACCAUCCCCUGUUAGAAAGCCCAGUUUGAAGACACUGUCUGCACAUCCGUCCCACUUUGCACCUCAAUCCGCACCUCCAUCUGUACCUCCAUCAAUGCCCAUGUAUAUGUCUCCGUAUAUACCUCCAUCUGUACCUCCAUACACAACUCCAUAUGCACCUCCAUCUGCAACUCCAUCCAUACAUCCAUACCUACCUCCAUCAGUAUCUCCAUCCGUACAUCAGUCCGUACCUCCAUCUGUAUAUCAGUCUGUACCUCCAUCCGAACUUCAGUCUGUACCUCCAUCCGUAUAUCAGUCCGUACCUCCGUCUGCACCUCAGUCCGCACGUCCAUCUGUACAUCAGUCCGCACCUCCGUCCGCACCUCCCUCUGCACCUCACUCCGCACCUCAUUCCGCACGUCCGUCUGUACCUGCAUCUGUGGAAGGAGCUCCACACACACCAUCACCAAAAUCAUCAUUGACAAAGCCCCCCAGUGAAGCUUCAAAACGAGGAUCGAUGGCAGAAGGUGGCGCUAGCACAGAGUCAAAGAAAGCAAGUUCGGGUGCAGGAAGCCAAGCUGGAGGAAGCCAAGCUGGAGGAAGCGAAGCUGGAGGAAGUGAAGCUGGAGGAAGUGAAGGGGGAGGAAGCGCAACUGAAGGGGGAGGAAGCGCAACGGAAGAAGAUUGACCUUUGUUAUUUUGUAAAUAUUUUUAUAUUUUCUGUAGAGCUCUUUACAAAGUUCUGUUGCUAUUAUUACUAUUAUAUUAAUAAUAAUAAUAAAUACAUAACUCCAAAAGACA